UGGGGUGAUUUCUGAACACACCAAGAAGAUGUGCACAAGGUCCCUGCGCUGCCCCCAGCACACUGAUGAGCAGAGGCGAACUGUGCGGAUUUAUUUCCUUGGGCCCUCAGCAGUCCUUCCGGAGGUCGAGAGCUCCCUGGAUAAUGACAGUUUUGACAUGACUGACAGCCAGGCCCUGAUCAGCCGGCUUCAGUGGGAUGGCUCCUCUGAUCUCUCACCUUCUGAUUCAGGCUCCUCGAAGACGAGUGAAAAUCAGGGAUGGGGUCUAGGUUCCAACAGCUCUGAGUCACGGAAAACCAAGAAAAAGAAAUCCCAUCUGAGCCUGGUAGGGACUGCCUCCAGCCUGGGCUCCAACAAAAAGAAGAAGCCAAAGCCACCGGCUCCCCCAACGCCCAGCAUCUAUGAUGACAUCAACUGACUCGGGUGCAAGGGAUAGCCUUUGGCUGAGCAGAGCCCUCUCUCCCGACCCCCACCCAGGUGGCAUAGCCUGGCACAUGGACGGCUGCUGGGGGUUUGGGCUUGGGAAGCUUGGUGGGCCGCGCAGGCAGAGGAUCUAGUUAUGCACCCCUGGGGGGUGUCAAGGUCCUCUGCAAUGAAGCACGACCCCUUGGUGUGCAGGACUCAGACCUGGAUGUAUUAUGCCUUGGACAUAAGUUUGGUGGGGAGGCAGUUUUCCUAUUUAUUCUGUGAGUUACUGGAUGUCCAGCUAGGCCAGGGGCCUGACCUGGGCACUGUGCCAGGGCACUGCCUGUCCCCCACCCCAGGAACUGGACUAAGCCCUGCUGAGGGGCGUUGUGGCUACCUGGGAGGCCGUGGGUUAGAAGCUGAGCCUGGAGGGGGUCUCCCCCAGCUGCCUUCAGCAAUGUGAAUGGGUCCGGUGCUUGGAGCUGAGGGGCAAGGCUGUGCGUGUUCUGUCUGUGUGCAGUCCUGUCAGAUGCCCCCAGUCCCAGGGGUCGGCAGGCACAGAGUACUGUGUGCUGAGGUAGGCGCCCAGAACUGCCGCCGCCUUUCCUGCCCCUCACAGGGGCAGCCCUUCCCUUCAGUCCCCAGGGGCCUCCUUGGCAGCAGGAGCUGUCCUUUUGUUGGGUGCCAGGAAAGGGCCUUCAGUCUCUACAGCUUCAAGGGAUGGAAUGGGAGGGUAGGAAGAGGGAGCUGCGGAUCAAAAUUACUCCCCCUGCCAUCCCUCCCACACCCAGGACUGGUGAGGAGUGGGGCCCCAAGGUGAGAGGGAACGGUGCUGCUUUAUUUGAAAUGUUUUCUUACCUCAUUCCCUGCCCCAGGAAGGGGCCCAGCCUCACCCUCCUGGGGUGGCCCCAUGUUCCUCCUGCCCACCCUGCCCUGUUGCCCUGCCCUGCUGGGGCAGCCUGAGUUCCCAGCUGCUGCUUGCCACCCCCUCACCUUGACCAGCUUCAGUUCCUCUCAGUGCUCCUGCCUCCAAAGCCUGCCCUAUUUCCCUUUCCUUUGCCGCUUUUAAGUUAUUUAUUCUGUACUUGUGGUUUGGGGCUCUGAGGAAAAUCUUAAAUCUUGUGCCUCUCCCCCUUUGCUAGGAGUGGGGUGGGAAGAGAGUGGUUGCUGUGUUUCAGGAUGUCAGUGGAGGGGUUGGGGUGUCAUUGCCCUUCUGUGGGAAUGUCAUGCCAGGGUGCCCACCUGUCUGACCUACAUCCUGAAGAGAUGUACUGUCCCACCUCCAUGUGGGCACCAUCACCACCCGGAGCCGAACUGGAGGACCAUGGUCUGGGCUGGGAGCAGAGCUGACAGGGAUGGAGCUGACCCUGAGCCGAGUUCUCUGGCACUUGCUGGACAUGCCCCCUGCCACUCUCACAUUUGGGUAGCUAGUACCCAGGACUGAUUGGACUGAUUUGGGUUAGGGACCCUGGAGGGUUAAGGGAACAACAGAUAGGGUUGCAUACCCUAUCUAGAACCCCAGUCUCCCCCUGGGGUUGUUCUGAUUGUGGCUGAUGCCUGGUUACAAAUUGGUUUUUAACCCAAGUAUUGUGAUUAUUUUUUAAAAAGCCAAGCCAAUUUUGGCAGAAGUUAGAAUAAAUUCUGGGGCCUGGGCUCCUCUGUUCUUGGCCCUCCACAUCCUUCUCCCUAGAAAGGGAAGCCAGAGGGAGAGGAGGAGUUCAGUGAGCUUCCAGUGGCUUCCAAGUACAUGCUUGGAAUCUGUUGAAGGUGAGGGGAGGAAGGCCAAGAGGCCACUCUUCCUUGAGAGGCAGCUGCAGCUCAGGCCCUAAUUCACCCUGUCCCCUCUGGCCUCUUCCUUUCGCCCUGCCCUUCUAGUUGGAGGAGGGAGAAGUGGGGAGUAGUUUUGGAAACUGGUUUGUCCACAUAAACUUCCCCACUGUUCUUUGGCCCACCCUCAGGGCAGAGCCCCCUGCCCAGGCUGGGUAAGAGAUGGGCUUGGUCCAGCAGGGACCCUGAGGGAACAAACCCCUUUCCUUCUGGAGAGAGUGCCUCCCACCCCCACCACGUAGUUGAACAGGGGCUAGGAGCUCCCCACUCUAACAGCAGGCUCUGUGGGUUUCAAUUCCCAUCCUCCCCACCCUGGCUAGGUGUCGUCCACCCUGUAUCCUAUCAUGUGUCUGAGUGUGUGGCGGGGGUUCUGUACUAAUUUCCAUGGCCGGUGGCUUUUCCUUCCAUGCAUCACUCCCCCCCGCAUGCCCAGGGGCCACCCGCCUGGCAUUACCGCAUGCUGGGGUCAUUGGGGGAGGGGGGGGUGGGGCUCACGCUGUCCUGUGGUCUUGAGAUUUUUAUUUUUGCAUAUGUAAUCCAUCCUGUACAGGUAGCUAACUUUGUAAACGCUGUGUAUUCCCUCUGCCCCCAUGGCUGCUGGUGUAAAUAAACUGCAUCUCCCAUUGGUA